CAAACUCCUUUUAUGUAUGUAGGCUGGUGAGCCGUGUGAAACCCCCUCUAGUCUGCUCAUACAUAAAUAAAUUGGGCGGCCCGUUGUAGAUCUGCAGCCACCACCCCGCCGGUCCCUGGAUCUUGGCGCAUGGUCCAAGCCGAAGCUCCCUUGUCUUGGAGAACGUCACCUCUUCGUGAAGACGACAUCACCCAGCCAGCCAGCACCACGGGGUUCUCCCCUUCUCUAAGGGGCCGCCAGGAUGGCUAAAGAGGAAGAAGAUGUAAAGGCACCAUUUGGGGCAGCCUGGCUUAAGGACACUCUGCUGGCCCCAAUCCGCAUUGCAUUGUCUCCAGCGCUGCUGCGCGCCUAUCUUCGCACUGCCCUUAUCCUGAUCACCUCGAUUGCCCUCUUCGGCGCAGCCGUAAUCGGCUAUCUAACCUUCUAUCACGCAUACAUUCCCAUACGCGGAAUCGCAGUCCCCGUCUAUCUGCAAUUCGACCACCCGCAACCGCUCUCAGCAUUUGGCGUCGCCACAUCCCCUCCAUCUCACCCCUAUGGCAUCGCCAACGUAGAGAACCUCGUCAGCCGGCAGAAGUACAAGGUCGUCGCCGAACUCGUCAUGCCGCGCAGUCGGAAGAAUCUCAAUGCCGGGAACUGGAUGAUGGGCCUCGAGUUGCGCGGGCCCACCGCUGCAGGCGGGGCUGUAAAGAACUCCAGGGCCUGCGAGGAGGACGAGGGAAUCAAAGCGGAAAAGCCGCUUGUGCUGGCCAGAUCGAGGAGACCGGCCAUCAUGACCUACCGGAGCUGGGUGACUGAGGCGGCUCACCGUUUGCUGCGGCUGCCUCUCUAUGUUAUAGGCUGGGGCCACGAGUCGGAAACCGUGCGGGUCGCGAUGAUGGAGAAUGUGGAGUUUGCACAGGGAGUGCAAAAUAUACCGUCCAGUCUACGGCUUGAGGUCAGGAGCAGUGCUCCCCUAGACGUCUAUCGAGCCACAGUGCACCUGGAAGCGAACCUGGAGGGGCUGCGUUGGCUCAUGUACCACCAUUGGGUCAUCAGCUUCGGGGUAUUCACAGGCUUGUUCUGGGCGGUGGAGAUGGCCGUUGUUCUCAUCACAUGGGCAACGUUGACUCUGGGAUCUGGCUCCGGAUACCAGGAGGACGCCGCGGUGAAGAAGGUUGAGGAAGAAGGCGACGAGAAACUGAUGUUCAAAUCCGAGGAAUCGUCCACAUCCACGACUCCACUCUCGGAUACGUCGCGCACCUUUCCCGCUCUCCCGUCUCACCAACCCCUCCAUUUCAGCACUGGUGCCGGGCCCGGCCCCAGUCGAGGAGGAAAAGCCAAAGAGGAGCGGGUAACGCCUGGGCUGGAAGAUAUUCCCGCUGCAGCGAGGACGGGAGCGGAGGCAGACGACGAAGGUGAGGAGAAUGAGGAGGAGGACGCCGACUUUGUACCUGAGGAGCCGGCGUCGAGCUCGGCGGCUCGUGCGUUCACGGAUUCGGGCAUUGGGACCAGUGUAGCGAGUGGUCAUGCGGGUGAGCCAGGGGUAAGGAGGCGGAGGUCUGGAAAGGGAAAGGGGAGGGGUGAUUUGCCGAAGUGAUUGUAGGAGUAAAGGUUGCGCUGGAAUACAGGGAGGCAUUAUCGUGAUACCAUGCUUUUGGCAGUCUUUUCAUUGUGGUGGGGUGGGACGGGUUGUCUUUAAUUGUAUGAUGGUGUGGCAACGGUGAUAGAUAGAGAGGCUUAUUCGAUAUUUACCAAGGCGAUGGAUUACCCGAAGAGGAAAUCUGGCCCCGUGAGGAGAAAUGCGGGCCGAAAAAGGAACCGCUUGUAG